AGUAGGGUUUAAUUGCCUUGGGCCGGCAGGAUUGGGGGAGACCUUGCCGCUCUUUGGCAAUACCCUCUUGGCAGGAUUCUGUCGUUCGGUUCGACGCGAGAUCUCAGACGGUCAACAUGCAUCCUUCGGUAUUGCUGCUCCUGCUGCUGGCCUCCCUGGGCCCAUGUUCAUCCCUCAAGUUGCCCAAUUAUAUACAGCCUUGCAAGAGAGACGAUCCGAAGUUGAACGAGUGCGCGGUUGCCCACGGCCAGCUCGCUAUACCGAAAUUUAUAAAUGGGGAUCCGAAGUACAGGGCGCCUCGCCUCGACCCUCUCGACAUCACGGAGCUUAGAGUGAACCAGGGGACGAAGCAAGUGGGUCUUAGAAUGAUUUUAAAAAACGCUAAAAUCUACGGUUUAAAAAAUACCAUAUUUGAGAAAGCAAGAACACAACUUGGUACCAAACAUAUUGAAUGGGACUUUAAGAUUCCCCGGAUUGAAAUUAUCAGCGACUAUGAGGUAAACGGCCAAGUCCUCAUCCUCCCAAUCACUGGGAAAGGAAAAGCCAACGUAACUUUGACCAAGUUGGAAAUUACGUACAAAUAUGAUUGGGAACUGAUCAAGAAGAACGGAAAAGAGUAUAUGAACUUCACAUCCAGCGAGCUCGAGUUUGAUAACGGAAAGACUUACUUUGACCUCAAGAAUCUCUUCAACGGAGAUCAAUUCUUGGGUAGCAACAUGAACCGCUUUUUGAACGAGAACUGGAAGGAAGUCACAAGAGAACUGGGACCAGCCGUCGGACAAGCUUUUAGCGAUGUUUUCAGACUCUUGCUGACAAGAAUCGCUGCUCAAGUGCCCUACGCUGAAAUAUAUCUCAAGAGCUGAAAUAUUAUUUCCUUGCUAAGAAACAUGUGCAAAUUUGUCUUGUCAUCCACAAAAUCAAUUAACGAACGUUGCUUUACAACUGUAGAUGGUAGAUUUAGAUACAGUGCAAUACCAUUAAAUCUGGAUGUGUGAUGUUUGUUAUAAUUUUUAUUAGAGAAAUUAUUUUUAUUUAUCAUGAUUUAUUUAUAAUUUAAAAGAGUUAUUCAAUCAAAGCGCCUAAACAAUAUUUUUUUUUCAUCUGAAUCAGACAUGAAAUCUUAAUAUUAUCGUAUUUUCUGUAAAUAAAAAUUUCUUUUCUCUA